UGUCGGACGGCAGGUGUGUGGCAACGGAGUCAGAAGAGAAGUUAAAACGACGAGCCAGCAAGCAUCUGAACAGAGAACACUUCUCUGUGGGAGCAACAAUGGAUAUGACAGCACAGCAGAAACAGAUCCCCGUCUCUCAGGAGAAGCAACCCUGGUGGGGGGGGUUUCUUUACCAUCGGACAGGCUGUGCCAAAGGAGCGGUCUGCAGUCGGAAGCUGACAGCAGGGGACACACAGAGAGGUCUGCACAGACUCAUGCUGGCUCUUCCGUGGUGGAAAAGCUACAAGCAGAGACACCGAUCCUGGACUUCAGUUUCACUAAAGGAAAGCAGGUGAGGACAAAACUGUCCCAAGCAUUUAACCACUGGCUCAAUGUUCCAGACGACAAACUGCAGGCACGACCUCGGAGUUUCAGAGCAGACCAGGUGAUUAUCACAGUGACAGAGAUGCUGCACAACGCCAGCUUGCUCAUAGACGACAUCGAGGACAGCUCCAAGUUGCGGCGAGGCUUCCCCGUGGCCCACAGCAUCUAUGGCAUUCCCUCCGUCAUCAACUCGGCCAACUACGUCUACUUUUUGGGGUUGGAGAAGGUGCUGACCCUGGAUCACCCUGAGGCUGUCCAAGUGUUUACCCAGCAGCUGCUGGAGCUGCACCGUGGUCAGGGCCUGGACAUCCACUGGAGGGACACCUACACCUGUCCCACAGAGCAGGAGUAUCGCAACAUGGUGCUGCAGAAAACUGGAGGGCUCUUUGGCCUGGCCGUGGGCCUGAUGCAGCUCUUCUCGGAUUGGAAACAGGACCUGAAACCCCUCCUGGACACGCUGGGCCUCUUCUUCCAGAUCCGCGACGACUACGCCAACCUCAGCUCUCAUGAGUACAGCGAGAAUAAGAGCUUCUGUGAGGACCUGACCGAGGGCAAGUUCUCUUUUCCCACCAUUCAUGCCAUAUGGUCGCGUCCGGAGAGCACCCAGGUGCAGAACAUCCUGAGGCAGCGCACAGAGAACAUGGACAUCAAACGAUACUGUGUGGACUACCUGGAGAAGGUAGGCUCGUUUGCCUACACCCGUCAGACUCUGCGGGACCUGGAAGUGGAGGCCUACCGCCUCAUCGGGGAGCUUGGGGGAAACCCUCAACUGGAAAGCCUUGUCAAACACCUCAGCCAAAUGCACCACGAGGCUGAGGCCACAGCAGAGUCCCGUACUGAGCCACGCCACAGCCACAGCCCCUGACCUCACCCACCUUUCGCUGCUACGCGAAUCACAUGCUAGCCCAACACACUCCACUAACACAGAAGCUUUGCUAAUGAUGCAGACAUACACAUUCCUGAAAACGCACACAGCGGUAUGUUACAACUAUUUUAUGGGUCACUCAUUAACCUUGAGAAGUUGAAUUUUGAUAUUGACAGCUUUGACUGCAGCUAUGAGACAGCAAAUCAGCCACAAAUGUUGCCUCUCUCUUUUGUGCAGUAGAUCCUUCAAGUUUUGCUUACACAUCAGUAAGUUAUAUCCAAGUGUAGGCGUGUGUGUCAGUGGAAGAAAUUAAUUUAUAGAGAAACUAACUUGUUAUGGUUUUAAAUUUGCUUUCCUGAAAAUGACAAAUAAUAAGAUGACAACAAAGUGUAAAAGCCUUCCUUUUGAUGUGCAUAUAAAUGUUGUUUUUUUUUUUAAUGUUUUGGUGUUUUUAUCAGGGUGGAGUGAAUGGUUGGUGUAUUUUUUCUGAAGUCCCUGUUUAAAAUCAUGUGGAUGUCCUGAGUGUAUGAUGUCAGAUUUGGGGAUCCUUAAUCAUUAAGCCACCGGAGUGCCAAUCCUUUAGAAAAGCCCUCUGCAAAUCAAUUGUCAAAUUGUUAUGUAACAUGCUGGCAUUAUAUGCAAAGUAGUGCAUAUGAAUGCUCUGUUGAUACUUGGGUUUAAUGCAGACGGUUUUUCCUUCUGGUUCAGAUUCAGAACAUCUCUGAAAUUGUAUUAGGGUGAUUCAGUUAUAUUUGUAAGUAGACACUGUGCUGCAGUUAAGAACUUAUUUACAUCUAUUGAAUAAAAAAACGUUUAAAUAUAA